UGUGGUGAACAGGGAGGGUCCAGCAUUAAAGGACCAGCAGGCAGUUCAGUGUAAACCGCUCCUGCUUUAAUGUCUGGUUUAUACAACAGCAGAGGUGUGAAUCUGAGGUGCAUUUUGUUCAGACUUUGAAUAAACACGCAUCACUAUCAGUAUUUCCUUUUGUGAUCCUACUUAUUUGGUACUGAAUACUUCUCCAGUUCAGCAUUCAUCAUUACUUGCAUUAUCUUUGAAAGAAGACAGCUUCCUGAUACUUAAAAUCGCUUUCAAAUGUUUCUCCUCAUACUCCAUUGUUGCAGUGCUGCUCUGGUGACCCAGGCUAAGGAGCCGGCGGUGAUAGAGGUCCAGCCUGGAGGAAAUGCCACUCUGCCUUGUGGGAUUUCUGUGAAUAUGGAGCUUUCCUGGUUUUCCCUGCAGUCAGACCACAUACCAGUCAAAGUCAUGAACCUGGAAUACAGAUCAAGAGGAAAGAUAAAUUCCAGUUACAUCAGAGAUGAAUACAGAGGGAGGAUGACUCCCAUCUUUAACUCAACACACAGCCUGCAGCUGAAGAACAUCACUGAGGCAGAUCUGCUGAUCUACUGCUGUAUCCAAAUCACAGGUCUAAAGUUUGGAAACUGCACAAUGCUGAAAUUCACAGACCAUGCUGGAGGCCAAUCUACCCAUCCCAUCCAGCCUAGUAACCAUGACCUCCUGCCUUGGAUUCUCCUGCCUUGUGUCGCCCUUCUCACUGGCUCCAUCUCAUCACUUUGCUGCUAUUUCUGUCAUAACCAAGCGCCGCUGAGGAAGAGCUCUGACUCACAGCAGAGGGGAAGCAGGACCAGCCGACACGAUCAGGACAAAACUGAGGUCAACUAUGUUCUUUUAAAGACAGAAUCACCGUAAAAAAAACAACUAUUUCAUCUGGGUCUAAAAUAAGAUGUUUAUCCAUCCAUUUUCUGAAAAAACUGGGGUCACGGGGUGGACUGGAGCCUAUCACUGCAACAAAGGGUGCAGGCAAGAACCCACCCUGGGCAGUCACCAACACACCACAGGGUGCACAAAGGCCAAUUUAGACUCACCAAUCAACACAUCCUGCACACUUUUGGACCAUGGAAGGAAACCGGAGCCCCUGGUGAAAAUGCACACAAACACGGGAAAGCGAGUGAACUCCAGACAGACCAAACCCAGGACCGUCUUGCUGUGAGGCAGCAGCGAUAACCACUGUGCCACCGCACCACCCUGCUAGUGCUUAUUUUUUUAAAAAUGACACCAGGCAUUAUAUUUGUAAAAUAAAGGAAAUUUUGCAAGAAAAUUUGUGCAUUAACUUCUUAAUUCUAAGGCCUUUCUAGUGCUGACUAACCAGGGUA